UUUUUGGUUGCAGCUACCAAAACGUUGUUGUACAGGCAAACAAAGAAUUUAAUAAAAAUCACAAGAAUAUUAAAUCAGAAACUGUUUCGUACUAUUUUUUUUUAAAUAUAUAUACACGUUUUGUAUAAAAAGUGUUGCAAUAUUUUGAAUAUUCAAAAUACACAUAUAUUGCCCAAGUUCAAGUGCAUUUGCAUUGAAGUGAGAGUACGUAGUGUAAAUCCUAAAGGAAUACCAUAAACAAUAAAAACCGAAAGAGCGGAAAGAGCGGAACACAUAAGCAGCAUCAACAAUAUACACAAUUCAAAUACAAAUCAUCUAUUUAAAAACAUUUAAAUACAAAACCAAAAAAGCUACCCGAAACGUUUGCUUUUGCUUUUUUGUUGCCGGCAAACCUGAGGUUCAACUUUUCAAAUUGAGAUCGCGACCAUCUGUGGUAAUACCUGAGUCUUAUACGGGGCAGUGUCAUCAAUUCCAGCGACCGCUUUUCUUAGUAACUUACAAAACUGCAAGAACAACAACAGCAAAACGUACCAAAUCCCAUUAACAAAAUGACCGAUGUAUCGCAUGAGUUGGGCGCCCUACGCUUUGUAGUGGACUCGCCACUAUCAUCAAAGGUAGCCAUGUUUAACAACCAGGCGACACAGCAUAAGCAGUCGCAGCUAUUGAACCCAUUCUCGCACGACGGUCGCGCACCGUCACCCAAACCAACUUUCUCCAAGGAUCAGUAUGGAAAGCCACUGGCCGGUAGUCUGACAGAGAUGCGCGGUCAAAAGGCCAAUAUGCAUGUGAUGAAGGAGAUGCUGGAGCUCUGCCAGAUCAUUGACUCCGAGGGCUACGAAGUAAAGGACGAGCCCACCAUGCGGGUCAUACCCUUUGGGGAGUUGUUCAACAUUUACAACUACAUUUCGGACAAAGUUGUUGGCAUCCUAUUGCGUGCCCGCAAGCACAAGCUACUGGACUUCGAGGGUGAGAUGCUGUAUCAGCGACGCGAUGACGAUGUGCCCAUCUUUCUGCUUCGACCCAUUGCGGAAAUACGCCGCGAGUUGAAUGCCAAGGUUGAAGAAAUUAAACGGGGCGCUAGUCCAGCACCUCAGUCAACAUCAGUGCUGCUCGACAAAAGUGCACACGAGCAGAAUCUAAAAGUGCUGGAGGAGAAGCGACGCUCGUCCAAGUCACGUACACCCUCGCCGGCUGUCAAGUCGAAAUCCAAAUCAAAAUCACCCUCGCCUGCAGCUGCCGACAAAACGGAGGUCGUGCCAGCUGAAGCUGCAGCAGCAGCCGCAGCACUACCAGCAGCAGCUCCCGUUGCAGUUGCAGCAGCAGCAGCAGCAGCUCCUGUUGCAGUUGUAAAAGCAGCAGCAGCAGCAGCACUACCAGCAGCAGUUCCCGUUGCAGUUGCGGCUGCCGUUGCACCUAGUGCAAUGCCAGUUGAGGCAACUGUGCCAACUGUUGUCAUCGAUCAGCCGCCUACAGUGGAAGCUGCAGCUAAAAAAGAAGUUACUCCAGCAGCUACAAUAGUAGAGCAGACACAGCCGGCAAGUUCAUCUCAAGCGGAUGCAGUGCCCUCCGAAGCUGCUUCGACUAUUGCUCCAGCUGCUGCUGCUCCUGCUAAUGCUGUUCCAGCUGAAGCUGCACCAGCACCUGUUGCUCCUAGUGCUGCUGCAACUGAAUCCUUAAAUGAAUUGCCCACAAUUGUUAUUGAAGCCAGCGCAACAUUUGUGCGCACGGUCAGUGUUGAGCCGGUUUCGGAACAAGUUUCAGGGCAGGCAUCAGAGCAGGUGGUAACAGCCGAGAAUGCCUAAAGGAAAGAGAGCGCAUGGAGCUCAACAACCGGACUUAUGGGAACGUUUCGAAAUAAUUCGCAAACUAGUAAAGCGGCAGCUUUAAAUUGCAGCAAUCUAGAUUUAAAGCAUAGUUUAACUUUAUAAUUAGGUGUUUAAACAGCACUGAAGACACUAAAAGAAAGAAGAAAAACAGGCAACGGAAGAUAGAGAGAGAACAACUAUUUAUAAAUAAAUAAUGAAACGUAAACAUACAUAUAUAAAUAUAUAACGUAAAUGUAAUACAAUAUAUAGACACAGUAUUAUAUAAAACUCAUACUUAUUAAUGCAUGAUUAUUAUAUAAUAUGUUGGUAGUAGUUUAAUAAAGUGUAAAAAUCCAA